AUGAUUGGAAUACUGGCACUACUGCUGUUUUAUUGGGCUGGAUACGCCAGUUGUUCAACGGUCCCACAAAACAGCACGGACAUGCUCUCGCUGCUCGAUUUCAGAAAACAAAUCACCAGCGAUCCAAGAGAUUUCUUCAGUUCCUGGAACAGCAGCGUCCACUACUGCAGCUGGAAUGGCAUCAAAUGCAGUAGAACGAACCUGGGGCGCGUCAGGGAGCUCAACCUCACCUUCCAAAGCCUAGGUGGACCAAUCUCUCCAUCUCUUGGGAAUUUAACCUUUCUUAGAAUACUCGACCUGUCCUCAAACAACUUCGUUGGUCAGUUACCCUUUCUUAAUCGCCUCCGUAGGCUUAAGGCAAUUUUUCUGAAAAAUAACCAGUUGCAGGGGUUUGCUCCUGCUGCACUUGUAAACUGCUCCAACUUGCUCUAUUUAGGCCUUACUUCAAACAUGUUAAAUGGACCAAUUCCACCCAGUAUCAGUCUCCUGGUUAACCUUAAGUAUCUGUACCUUGAUACUAAUAAUUUCACCGGAGCCAUCCCAUCGAGCCUGCUCAACAUCUCUAAACUAGAGGAGCUCGUGCUUUCAGAUAAUCAGCUCCAGGGGACCAUACCUGAAGAGCUUGGGCACUUAUCAAAUAUGACUAAAUUGACCCUAGGAGGGAAUAGGCUAUCAGGUAGUAUCCCAACAACAAUUUUGAAUCAAUCUUCUCUUGCAAUUCUGGACGUGAGUGUGAAUUUUCUGCGUAUGGAGUUGCCAUAUAACAUUGGCAAUACCCUUCCGUUCCUCGCCGUGCUUACCUUGCACAAUAACAUGUUCCAUGGUCAAAUCCCAGCCUCACUAGGAGAUGCUUUUCACCUCCAGAUAUUAGAUUUCACAUCUAACAAUUUCACUGGCCAUGUUCCUAGCUCUUUUGGAAAUCUUCCCUACCUAAAGUACCUUAGACUAGAACAAAACAAGCUUGAAGCAAAUGAAAGUAAGGGCUGGGAAUUCAUAGACACAUUGGACAACUGCAAGGGUCUCAAUUUGCUCUCAUUGUAUGACAAUCAGCUACAAGGAGCCAUACCAAAUUCAAUUGGAAAGUUGUCCACCAAUCUUCAGUACCUAGGAUUAGGCAAAAACAACUUGUCAGGGACGGUUCCAGAGAGCAUUGGGAACCUUAUUGGCUUAAAUGAACUUAUUUUAGAUCAAAACAAUCUGGCCGGUGCGAUUGGAUCGUGGAUUGGAAAUUUGAGUAAUUUGGUAAUAUUAAAUCUCACAGAAAAUAACUUCAGUGGGCCGAUUCCAUCCUCCAUUGGCAGCUUUACUCAGUUAACCGGGAUAUACCUGCAAAGCAACAAAUUUGAAGGUCCUAUACCUGCCAGUUUGGGGAAACUUCAAUAUUUACUAGAAUUAAAUGUAAGUUAUAACAAUCUGGAAGGCCCUAUUGCUAAAGAGCUCUUUAGUCCUAAAUCCUCAUUGACCAAAUGUGUAUUAUCCUCUAAUAAUUUAGAAGGCGCAGUGCCUCCAGAGGUUAGCAAUCUUCAAAACCUCAAUGAACUAGAUCUGUCAUGGAACAAACUUGUGGGGGAAAUCCCAGCUGCUCUGGGCAAAUGUCGUCAGUUGCAGAUACUACAAAUGGACAACAAUAAUCUCUCAGGAAACAUUUCAUCUCUGGGUAGUUUAACAAGCUUGAACAUACUCAAUCUUUCACACAAUAAUUUGUCAGGCUUCAUCCCUGUAGAAUUGGGUAAUAUGUCCUCUCUUACCCUGCUGGAUCUAUCUUAUAAUGAUCUACAAGGUGAAGUACCAAGGGAUGGAGUAUUUCAAAAUGCUUCAGCCGUCUCGCUUGUUGGCAACAGGGGACUGUGUGGAGGUGUGUGGGAUCUACACAUGCCUCCCUGUCAUAUUGACUCAAGGGGAAAAACAGCACAAUACUACCUCAUUAGAGUGUUGAUUCCAAUAUUUGGCUUCAUGUCACUCUUAAUGUUGGUCUAUUUUGUUCUCACCGAGAAAAGGACUGCACAACAACCAUCAUUAACUUCUCUUGGUGAUCAAUUCCCAAUAAUUUCUUACGUUGAUUUAGUUCGCGCUACGCAGAACUUCUCUGAAUCAAACCUGAUAGGGAGAGGGGGUUGUGGUUCUGUAUAUAGAGGCAAUUUGAUGAAAAACAGCCUGGAAGUUGCCAUUAAAGUUCUUGACAUUGACAUUCGUGGUGCUAAGAGAAGUUUCUUAUCAGAAUGUGAAGCUUUGAGAAACAUCCGACACCGAAAUCUAGUUUCCAUCAUAACAGCGUGCUCUACGGUUGAUAUGAAUGGCAAUGUUUUCAAAGCUCUGAUAUAUGAAUUGAUGCCAAACGGAAAUUUGGACUCGUGGUUGCAUCCGGAAGGGAAUGGGAGAGCCAGAAAACCAUUGAGCUUACAUCAAAGAACUUGCUUAGCUGUCAAUAUAGCUGACGUACUCGCUUAUCUGCACCACGAAUGUGGACAAACAAUUAUCCAUUGUGAUGUGAAGCCCAGUAACAUACUCCUAGACGAUGACAUGAAUGCUCGUUUGGGAGACUUUGGCAUUGCAAAAUUCUAUCUAGAUUCUAGAUCGUUGUCUACUGAAAAUUCAAAUGCUAUAAGUUCGAUUGAUGUGAAUGGUACUAUCGGCUACAUACCACCAGAGUACGCUCGAGGCGGCCAUGCAUCGACUUAUGGGGACGUUUACAGUUUUGGAAUUGUACUUCUAGAGAUGUUGAUAGGCAAAAGGCCAACACAUCAAAUGUUUGUGAAUGAGCUGAACAUUGUCACAUUCGUGGAGAGAAGCUUCCCUGAUAAAAUACUAGAUAUGAUUGAUGGCCCCCUACAAGAAGACGUCAAGACUACACGAAUAAAUAUGGUAACAGACAACGGGGCAUACCAAUGCUUGUUUUCUCUACUACAAGUGGCACUUUCUUGCACACGACAAUUUCCUGGUGAACGAAUGACCAUGAUGGAAGCAUCUAGCAGAAUUCGUGCAAUCAAGACCGCAUAUGCCGGAGGAAAAUAA